CGGCUUAACCAGCACCUUGCGUCUCGGACAGUGCUUCUUGGUACCGAAGAGGGCGACGACAAGAUCAGUUUCGCGGACGUCCUUCUGUGGGGUGUCAUUCGGGCCAAUCACAUUUCCAGCGGCAUGAUCUUUAAUGAUCCCAGACGCACUCACUUGCUUCGUUGGUUCAAGUAUCUUGACGCCCAACCCGCACUAGAAGCCGUCCGCAGAGCCCACAGAUUGGCCAAGAACAAAGUCGAGAACGAGCGUAGACGCCGUCGCUCGUGCGGCGAAGGACUCGACGCCAUCCUUCCCGCCGUCGAGGAAGGUGGAGUGGUCGUGCGUUUCGAAUGCUCCACCUCCUCAUUCCUUCACGUCGGGCAGCUCAAGGAGCUCCUCGUUAACCGCUACUUUGCCGACAAGCACAGCGGACACCUCCUCCUUCGCUUCAACGAUUUGCGCCCCCUCUCAGAGGCGGGCGACUUUGUCAACGACAUCAUUGCCGACCUCGGAGCGAUCGGCUUGUCGUUUGACCGCAUCUCCCGCGUCACCGAUCACCUGGACGCUAUGCGACACUAUGCGCGUCAGCUCAUCCAGACCGGCAACGCGUACAUGGACGACGCGCCCGAUGACAUCGCGGAAGAGAUGAAACUCCCCCUGACGCCCAGCCCUCGGCGCGAUACUCGGAUUGAGGUCAAUCUCGAACGCUUCGAGGCAAUGCUCAUGGGCACCGGCUCGGUGGAAGGGCGCUGGGUCGUUCGCGCACGCAUUGACUCCGCUCCGGAUGCUGAAGCUUUGCGUGACCCCAUCAUUCUGUUCCAGUCGGCUAUCAGCGGCAACCAUUCAUCGUCAAGUGUCUGGCCCACCCACUACUUUGCCGGUCCCAUUGUCGACCAUUGCGAUGGUGUCACUCACGUCAUUAGGACAAUCGACAGUGCCGCCAGCAAGCAGCUAUACAUGUGGUUCGUCGAGCAGUUAGGCCUUCGCCCACCUGUAAUUUCGUACCUUCCUCGCCUUGACAUUGAAUGUGGCCCAAGCUCGCACAAGGAAGUGGAGCACCUCGCACACGAAGGUCUGAUCCGUGGGUGGGAUGACCCGCGCGUGGGAAGCGUGAGAGGCAUCUUGGCUCGAGGGAUGACUCCCGCCGCCCUGAAGAAACACGUCCUGGACAAGAGCGAGGUCAUUAUAGAUACGACACUUUCGUGGGACGAGCUUUGGUACGCGAAUCGACGUGCCAUCGAUACGGUUGUACCACGCUACUGGGCAAUCUCUGAUAUUGGGGCGAGUGUGGUGGCCAAAGUUGAAGGGAUCAAUCGCAUCUUCACAAGUUCAAAGCCCCUCAACAAGCUCAAUGCCGAAGUGGGCACCAAGCUCAUGGUGUACACCACUCACAUCUUCCUCGAGCAAGUCGACGUGCUCUCGCUUGUAGAGGGAGAGGAGAUCACGUUAAUGGACUUCACCACAGCGGUUGUCAGAUCGCUCAUUAAAGCACCAUCACCCCAAGGAACCGUGGUCAAGAGUCUUACUCUUGCGCUCAACCCCCACGGCAACCCCAAGUUGACCUCCAAACGGUUCCACUGGUUGCCAGCAGCCGCCCCUACUGCUGUGCUGGGCGGUGCGCUCACGCCUGUGGUGCUUGUCAAGUACCCACGGCCGAAUUACAUUGGGCAGUGUGAGGUGCGCACGCCGGCACUAGCUUCUCCACAGGUCGGUCAGAUGAGGAAGGGCGAUAUCCUCCAGUUCGAGCGCAAGGGGUUCUAUGUCUGCCAUGGAACUGCGCCGGAGGGUGGUCUAGAGUUUGUCGCCAUACCCGAGGGCCGCUCGCCGCGCCGUCGUAGUACGGUUCUGUCAUGAGAAGGAGGGGGCGAUCUGAUUGUACAGCGACGGAGAGUUAAAAGUGCAGAGUCGGAUAGGAGACUGCCGACGACGGGAGUUGAUCCGGCGGCACGACCUUUCAUCUAAGGGAGAUGUCAAAAGCAGAAGCGAUCUGUGCA